AUGGCUGCAAUGAGAGCCUCGAUUCAUAGCUUGCAAUCGCGACUGCAAGCAAUGAAGGACAAAGAACCUGUAGACUCUUCCCAGGCUGCCAAGGAUGGCUAUUGUAAAAGCGUCCUACGGAAGGGCUUUUCGGAUUCAGAUUCGUCUUCGCCUAGACGAGGGUGGAGUUCCUUGUCCAAGUCUCGUCCUCUCAAGAGAGCCUGGAAGCCUCCUGUAGGCGACGCGUUGGACUCCAGCCCUGAGCCUUUCCCGGAGUAUUCGCCUGCUCAGAAGAAGAGAGCUCCUGACUCCUCUCUGGAAGGAGUUUCUUCGAAGACGAAGGAAGUUCUGGUUGGCCUCCAGGAACAGUUGUCCGCCCUGGUAGGAGUGCUUUCGAAGGGUUCUUCUCGAAAGAAGGAUGACUCCCUUCCUAUCAAGAGCUCAGUUAAGAGAGCGGCUGCUAGUCUUCGCUCUGGCUUAAGCAAGCGCCCUUCACCUGAAAGGUAUUCGUCGCCAGCGAAACCUUCUACUUCUUAUGCCUCCGCUCAUCAUGGACAUACGUCUUCUCCUGUCAGGCCUUCUUCUGAUCGGAACCGCAUCUCAUCUUCUAAGAGACCCUCUAGGAGUUUGUCGCGAGGCACAAGCGCCUCUCCUGACAGGCGCCAGGAGCCUGAGAACCUCCUGUAUUCAGACAUUUCCCGGCCUUCCCAUGAGCGAAUUCUUUCUUCCAGACUUCCCGGGAGAGACGAGAGCCCCUCUCCGUACAGACACCGAGAACGACUUUUCUCUGGAAGUAGCAGGCUUCGUUCUCCUUCCAGACGCUCUUCAAGGGAUGGACGCUCCUCUCCUUACAAGCGCCUAGAGUCUAAGAGGCUCCCCGAUCCUAGUAGGGAUAAAAGAGAGUAG